CAUUCGAAUAAUCUAAAACGAAUAUGCUUUCUUUGCAUACUCGUCUUUCUUAUUACUUGCUUCCAUUUGGAUUUGGAGUUUUCAGGCUUUCCAGUUUAAAUGUCUCUCUUACGAGUUUUUGAGCUGCUUUGGUCUCUUCUUGAUAUUUUCUUAUUUUUAACUUAAUUUGAGCUGUUGGGUAUUGGCAACAUAUAUGUGUUUCGUGGGUGUCUUUUCAAUUUUUGUUUUGAUGCUUUAGAAGUCCUUUCUCUCUUCAUCUGAUUUUUGUUUCGUGGUACCGUUCAAAAAAAAAAAAGCAUUGUUAUUUUGUGUUGUUAUUAAUUGGAUAAUUAACCUGCGAUGUGAUUUUGGGUUUUUUGAUCUGGCUUCUAUUAGAAAUGAAGCUUUGGAGAUACUGGGAGGCUUAGGAGCGUGUCGAAUUCAAGGUUUUGAGGUGUAUACUGGGAGAGCCUCGCAAUCUUGUGGGGGUUCAUAGCUCAGGUUCUUAAGUUAUGAUUGAAUUUUGAGAAUUUGUGUGUUGAGUGAUCUGAGGAAUCCAAGUGUCAUGUAUGCUGUAGGGAGGCUGGGAAGCUAUAUAACCAGAGGGUUUUAUACUGUCUCGGGCCCCUUUCAUCCUUUUGGUGGGGCGGUGGAUAUCAUUGUGGUGGAGCAGACAGAUGGGAGCUUUAAAUCCUCGCCUUGGUAUGUUCGGUUUGGGAAAUUUCAAGGGGUUUUGAAGGCAAGAGAGAAGGUUGUUAACGUUAGUGUUAAUGGAAUUGAUGCGAAUUUCCACAUGCAUCUUGAUCGGAGAGGAAAAGCUUACUUUCUUAGGGAGGUAGAAGGAGAUGAAGGGGAAUCUGUUUCAUCAUCUUCUAGUAAUGAGACAGAUGAACAAUCCCAGAAAAGCAGGAGGCCAAUGAAGUCCAAAAGUUGUGAUUUUGAUGGCAAUCGGACAAAUUCAGGUGGCCAGAUUGAUGGAAAUAAUGGGAAGAUUGUCACUAGGACUAAUUCCAGCUGGUCAAGGAUAUUUGGUCUUGUUUUUGGACAAAUGUCAAUGAAGGAAGAUGGUUUUCGAGAUGGAAAUAAAGGUGAUGGCGCCGGAAUUGCAAGGAUAAGUUCAUUGGAGCAAGCAGAGAUUGCAGCCAACCUCUUGGAUGUGAAGUGGUCAACUAAUCUUGCCACUAGUAAGUCCAGGAAAGAUAAUGCUUCACAGUUUUCUACUUCAGAUACGUCUGAUGGUAAAGGGGACAGAGAUAGGCUGAUCAAUGAUGGACGAAGCCACGUUGGCUCAUCUUUGCAGGUUGCCACUGAAACCAGUGUGGGCCAUUAUAUGUUGGCUGAGGAAACUGAUUCUUGUAAUAUGCAAAUGGGCAACAAUUCCCACUCCGGUUUUGAGAAUGGGGAAGUUUCUGUUGAAGAAACUAGUGUAGAAAUGUCAAGUUUAGGUGCCACUGAACAAAAUGUUGAGACUUUUGUAUUAGAUGAAAGUUUUCUGGAAGAAAAAUUGGAAGAAAUAUCUGGAAUAUCAAGAACCAACAAUGAACCUGGUUUACAGAAUGCUGAUGAAGAUGGGAAUUCUGAGGGUGUAAUUUCUAAGAAGAGUGGGUUCAAUAGAAUUCAAUCCUUCAUUUACUGCAAGAAAUCUGAUAACUCAUUAGUGGGGUUGGAUGGUUCAAAAGAACAAUCUGCAGAAACGCUGUACCUCACUAGUGGAGGACCUGGUGAUGUUAAUUUUUGUGCUGAAACUUUGCAUGUGACAACCGAGUUACUACGCGAGGACACAGUUACUCAGCAAGAUGAGGAAAUAGAGUUGGAGACAGUAUGCACCGAGUUUUGUGAUAAUUACCCUCAACUAGCAAAUCCAUCUCCUUCUCCUAUAUGUGGCCAUGAUGAGGUGAACCUUGAAGUGCCAUUGGCAGAGCCAAAUUCCUAUACUCAAAUGGUUACUGUGGAUCCCAUAAUUGGUUUGACUGAAAUAGAGUCAAAGAGCUCCAGUUUUACCAACUCAGUUUGCCAAUUUGAAACUGGGAUAAAUGUUAUUACCGGGGACAAGCUACAACCCUCUUUGGAAUCAGUGGGUGGUUCGGAACAACUUAAUGGUGAUUGUGACCUGGCAAACGCAUUUAGUGUUCCAGUAUCUGAGAGUUCAGAAGAAGAAUUAAUUUUCAGUGAUCUUGAUGACUUCAAACGCAAAGAAACUCAGGGAAAGUUGAAAUUUUUAGAUGGCGUAGUUGAAGAAAAUAAUCUCUCAUUUUGUCCUCAGUGCACUGACGAGGUGAAUGGGCCUCUCAGUAUAAAUGAUGAAUCCUUUUCAUCUCAAGACAGCUUUUUCCAAAAGAAUCAAUUAACUGAUGUUGAAACCUCUGUGGGCAAUUCAAAGGAAGCAUCAAGUCCCAUUUCUAUUCCUAACCUUCAUAGGACUGCUGGUGCGGAAGUUGGGCGAUUGGCAGAAUCAUUACCUAAUAUGUGGACUUGCAGUGAUGAUAUGGGUACAGAGGAUCUCCAUCAUCCUUUAAGCCGUUCACUGGACUCAGAUUCCAAACCCUUGCAGUGGAAAUUACAUAGCAAAGAUGAGUCAUGCUGUAUAAAUUCAGUUAGAGACAAGGAAAACCAAUCAUCACCCGAGCCCUCCAAUAAGGAAGAUUCUCAUCAUCCAGAAAUAAAAAAUGGUGCUGCCAAUCCAGCUGUUGGAGAUCCAUCAAAAGCCAUUGUUACGACUGGUGGAAGCUGGAGACUUUGGCCUUUCACUUUUAGAAGAUCAAGAUCUAGGAGGAUCACUCAACCAACUGUAACUGGUAGGAGGAGUUCUGAUGCUGAGAAUUUUUCAGACAGCAAUAUAUAUAUGGAUGAUGAAAAAAAUGUGGUUAAGCCCAAGAUCUCGAAAAAGAUGAUAAGGGCAAUCGCUCCAACAUCUGAAGAGUUGGCAUCCUUGAAUCUGAAGGAAGGAAGUAAUACGGUCACAUUCACAUUCUCCAGUGCAAUGCUGGGAAGGCAAAAGGUUGAUGCUAGAAUAUAUUUGUGGAAAUGGAACACUCGCAUAGUGAUCUCAGAUGUUGAUGGGACGAUAACAAAAUCAGAUGUUCUUGGUCAGUUCAUGCCUUUGGUUGGGAUGGAUUGGUCACAAACUGGGGUUGCACCUUUAUUUUCAGCUAUUAAGGAAAAUGGGUAUCAAUUGCUUUUUCUAAGUGCUCGUGCAAUAUCUCAAGCCUAUCAUACUAGACAAUUCCUAGUCAACCUUAAGCAGAAUGGGAAGGCAUUACCAGAUGGUCCUGUAGUCAUAUCCCCUGAUGGUCUUUUUCCUUCGUUAUUCCGUGAAGUCAUUAGAAGGGCUCCUCAUGAAUUCAAGAUUGCAUGCUUAGAGGAUAUCAAGGCAUUGUUUCCUUUGGAUUGCAACCCUUUCUAUGCUGGUUUUGGAAAUAGAGAUACAGAUGAGAUUAGCUACCUUAAGGUUGGAAUACCGAAGGGAAAAAUCUUCAUCAUCAAUCCCAAGGGUGAGGUUGCUGUGAACCGCCGUGUUGACACAAAAUCAUACACUACGCUUCAUGAUCUUGUGCAGGGGAUGUUCCCAACCAUGACAUCAUCUGAGCAGGAGGAUUAUAAUUCAUGGAAUUUCUGGAAAUUACCUCCUCUUGUAAUUGAUGUUUGAGGUGUCAACUGGAGAUCUAUCCUUAAACACCUGAAUACCGAGAAAAAUGUGUUUUGGCCUUGCUUGUUCUGGUUCUGUCGCUCUUCAGGUUGUGUGUGGCCAAGACCUACGACAGAAGUCUCAUUGCUGGUUGUACUAGGCUGGCUGCAUGGCCCAAGAGGAGUUCAUAGAAGAUUCUGCAAAAAAAGUUGAAUUCAUUAUACGUUUAUCUUGUUUCAGGAACAGUUAAAUGUACAAUAUUUGUAUAGAGCAUACAUUUAGCCCCAUAAAUGCAAUCAUUUCUCAUGGGAAGUAGGCAUGCCUGGAAAACAUUAUUGCAUAAUUCUCAGUAUGAAAUGCAUCGUCAUUCCUUGUCAUUGAUUGAGAGUUUAUACUCAGGCCGGAAAAGUUCUGAGCGUUUUGGUCAUCUGGAAUUAAACUUGUGUUUGGUUCGUGCACAAUAAGCUUAAUUUUCCAGACGGUCAUACAUUAAGCAUGUUGCAUCUGUGCUGUGCUCAUUUCUGUAGUGUAUUAUUAUUCAAUUUAGUGGUAGAUUCUCUGUUCUA